GGAGGAGAGUCUGACUCGGCGUUUUCUCCCCGGUGACAGAGGCAAUCUCAACGGCGCAUCUCCCCCGGAUAGGCGCUCCUCCUCCCCUCCCUUCUCCUCCUCCUCCUCCUCUUCUCCUCUCCAGCCCCUCCGCGGCUGCAGCCCACCGACCAUGGCCUUGGUGACACUGCAGCGCUCUCCCACCCCCAGUGCAGCAUCCUCGGCGAGCACCACCAACAGCAGCGCGGGGGAGGAUUUUGGAAGUGACGAUGACAGGAAAAAUAAUCAAAGCCUCAGCGAGAGUUUCUUCAUGGUCAAAGGAGCCGCCCUCUUCCUCCAGCAGGGCGGCAGCACACAGGGCCCAAAGACUCCGACGCACCACAAACAUGCAGGUGAUUUACCUCAACACCUGCAGGUCAUGUUUAAGAUCCUCCGGUCUGAAGAUCGCAUUAAGCUGGCCGUGCGUUUAGAGAGCAGCUGGUCAGAUCGAGUGCGCUACAUGGUCGUCAUCUACACCAGCGGCCAUCAAGACACAGAAGAAAACAUUCUUCUAGGAAUGGACUUCAAUGACAAGGACAGUAAAAAUUGUUCCAUCGGGAUGGUGCUGCCACUGUGGAGUGACACCAACAUACAUUUGGAUGGAGAUGGGGGUUUCAGUGUGAACACAGCAGGGCGGUCGCAUGUCUUCAAGCCUGUGUCUGUGCAGGCCAUGUGGUCUGCCCUGCAGGUCCUCCACAAGGCAUGCGAGGUGUCGCGCCGAUUCAACUACUUCCCAGGAGGCAUUGCGCUCACGUGGAUGGCCUUCUAUGAGAGCGGCAUCACAUCGGAGCAAAGCUGCAUCAAUGAGUGGAACGCUAUGACCGACCUGGAGACCACCCGGCCGGACUCGCCCACCAUGUUCGUUGACCGGCCAACGGAGCGAGAGAGGACAGAGUGUCUCAUCAAAGCCAAGCUACGCAACAUCAUGACGUUUCAAGACCUGGAGAACAUCACCUCAAAGGAGAUCCGUAACGAGCUGGAGCAGCACAUGAGCUGCAACCUGAAGGAGUACAAGGAGUUCAUCGACAACGAGAUGCUUCUGAUCCUGGGUCAGAUGGACAAGGCCACGCUCAUCUUUGACCACGUCUAUCUGGGCUCUGAAUGGAACGCCUCCAACCUGGAAGAACUUCGGGACUGUGGAGUGGGUUACAUUCUCAACGUUACCAGAGAGAUCGACAACUUCUUCCCAGGGAUGUUCUCUUACCACAACGUCCGCGUGUACGACGAGGACGCCACCGACCUCCUGGCGCACUGGAACGACACCUACAACUUCAUCGUCAAAGCCAAGAAGAAUAAUUCCAAGUGCCUGGUGCACUGUAAGAUGGGGGUGAGCCGGUCUGCCUCGACAGUGAUCGCCUAUGCAAUGAAGGAGUACGGCUGGUCCCUGGAGAAGGCGUACAACUUUGUCAAGCAGAGACGGAGCAUAGCGCAGCCAAACGCCGGCUUCAUGAGGCAGCUGGCCGAGUACGAGGGAAUCCUGGACGCCAGUAAACAGCGUCACAACAAGCUGUGGAGGCCCGGGACUGACGAGGAGGGGUCAGAUGAUCUGCAGGCGUCCGGCCACUGCACUGGAGGCGGGGAGACGCCGGUGCUCCGAGGGGAGGAGGCCUGGGGGGGCUGCGGGGCGUCGCCCUGCCGGGGGAUGGGUCUGGAAAUGGAGCCGCUGGACUCGCUGAACUAUAACUACUACUUCAGACGUCUGUCGGACUCCGCUCUGGACAGCGAGCCCUCCACCCCGGUGCGGGGGCCCCCCCUGCUCGGCAUGGAGAGAGUUUUCAUCGAGAUUGAAGACGUGGAGAGAGACGCCCUGCUGGAAGACGAGGGUUUCCCCAUGGCGCACCUGGCCCUGCCUGGCGAGGGCACGGCAGCCCAGACCUGCGGCCGCCUCGACCCCCUGGAGGACAUGAGGCUGAGGCUGGAGUUCAGCACUUUGGAGGAAGAGGAUGAAGAGGAAGCCAAGAAAGAGGAGGCCGAAAUGGCGGCCCUGGCUCAAACGCCUGGAAACUCGGACGGGAGGAAGGUGGGGGAGGAGCCCGAGAGGAGCGAGGAAAGCCGUUUAGGUCUCGCCAACCUGAACACCAACAACAGCAACCGCCUGGCUGCCAAACGCAGCUGCCCCGCAGCUUUCGAUGACAGCGCCAGCACUGGAAACCCUUUAAAGGUGAAGCCCUCCUACCAGUCCUGUAAAGACUGCAUGCGUCUCCCGCAAGGGCGGCGCUGCGACCGUCCGUCAGGAGGCCGCUCCCACCGCCUUAACCCCUCCCGCCACUGCGCCGUCCCCUCCAUAUGCAUCGACCCGCCGGGGACGACCUUCGCCUCCACGCCGAUCCUGCAGUCCCUGCCCAACCCCGCCGUCGGCUUGGUCCAGCCCUGCGCUCAGCUCUACCGCUGCGCCACCUGCGCCCCGGGGGUCCCCUGCGGACCGCUCAGCAACCACCAGAAACUGGCUUCGCCCAUGAGCUGCGAGGAGACGCUCCCCGACUACGGCCCGGGGGAGACGGAGGACAUGGAGGAGCACGGGGAUCGGGUAUCGAGCGGGAGCGGCGAGAUGAGCUCCGAGGGUCCGGUGGAGCUGCCGCCGCUGCAGAUGCCGGGACUGGGGAUUAACUUCGGGCUGGAGCUGAUGCGGCAGCGGGCGGAGCAGCUGGAGAAGAUGCCGAGCCUCGGUAUGGAGGGCCAGCUCCCGGUGGGGCCCCUGCCUUGA